AUGACAAUUGGACCGGUGGACUUUAUGAUUGUGUUCCAAGUAAUGGACAUGGACACAUCUUAUAAUUUUCUAUUGGGAAGGCCAUGGAUCCACAUGGCUCGGGCAGUCCCAUCAACUCUAUAUCAAGUUGUUAAGUUUGAACACAACCAUCAGGAAAUCAUUAUGCAUGGGGAAGAUGAUUUGCCUAUUUACAUAGAUCCCUCCAUUCCAUACAUUGAGGCAAAAGAAGGAUGUGAUUCCAUUGUUUACCAGUCUUCAACGACAAUGCUCAAAUAUGGUUAUCAACAUGAUAAAGGUUUCGGACUAUGUUCACAAGGAAUUGUGGAUCCCAUUACUCUUUUAGGGAACCAAGGCACCUCUGGCCUCGGAUACAAACAAAGCAAGAGAAAUGGAGAUGAGACUAAGAACCACAAAAGGACUGAUUGGGCGUUGCCACAACUAAUUUCCCAUAUUUAUCAUUCCUUUAUCAAGCCUCAGGGUCCAGAAAUGGAAGCUUCCUUUACUCAUGAAGACAUUGAAGAGGUUAUUCAGGAUCUCAGUCAGUUGUUUUGUGAAGUAAACAUGGUCCAAGUUGGUGAAGGUACAAUUCAUGCCGAUGUGCAGCUCGUGGGCUCAGGUUUUGAGUUAAACAAUUGGGAAGCCACUCCUUUCCCCAUAAGGAAGGAGUCUUGGGUUGUGAUCCAAAUAUUUGAAAGUUCUGUAAAUGCCGGCUUUGAUAACAUGACAUGCAUGCGGAAUUCACUCCCAGAUCUCAAAGAGUUGUUUAUUCUUGAAUCCCCGAGUCGAGAGGUUGAAUAUGAUGAAGAAGAGGCUUUUAGGGAAAUUAAUAGGGAAUUGGAACAGUUUGAGCACAAACCUAAGCCUAAUCUUUCUGAAACUGAGGCCAUCAAUUUGGAAAGUAAUGAGGAAGUCAAAGAAAUAAAAAUAAGUCUCCAUGUCAAAAAGGAAAUUAGGGAUGCCAUAAUACAACUUUUGUUUGAAUACAAAGAUGUGUUUGCUUGGUCCUAUGAUGACAUGCCAGGUUUGAGUGUUGAUUUAGUGGUCCAUAAGUUGCCCACUCAUCCUGAUUUUCCACCCGUCCAACAAAAAAGAACAAAAUUCAAACCAGACGUGAGUGAAAAAAUCAAGGAAGAAAUCAUGAAACAACUAAAUGCAAAUGUGAUCCAAACCAUUCGUUACACUACUUGGUUGGCAAAAGUUGUUCUUGUGCCGAAAAAGGAUGGAAAGACAAGAGUUUGUGUUGACUAUCGGGAUUUGAACAAAGCUAGUCCAAAAGACAAUUUUCCCUUGCCUAAUAUCCACAUUCUAGUUGAUAAUUGUGCCAGAAACGAAAUUCAAUCAUUUGUGGACUGCUAUGCGGGGUAUCAUCAAAUCUUGAUUGACGAAGAUGACGCUGAGAAAACUCAUUUCACCACUUCAUGGUGGACUUAUUGCUAUAGGGUCAUGCCAUUCGGUCUUAAAAAUGCUGGGGCAACUUACAUGAGGGAUAUGACCACUAUAGUGCGAAGAUAUGAUCUCAAGCUUAAUCCAGCAAAAUGUGCAUUUGGAGUUCCAUCUGGAAAACUUCUGGGUUUUAUUGUCAGUAGAAGGGGAAUCGAAUUAGAUCCUUCCAAAAUAAAAGCCAUUCGAGAUUUGCCACCCCCGAAAAAUAAGACCGAAGUCAUGAGUCUACUUGGGAGGUUGAACUACAUUAGCAGGUUUAUUGCUCAACUCAAAACCACUUGUGAGCCCAUUUUCAGACUUUUGAAAAAGGAUGCUGUUGUCAGAUGGACGGAGGAUUGUGAACAAGCUUUUGAAAAAAUCAAGGAAUAUUUGUCCAAACCUCCCGUAUUGGUCCCACCUGAACUUGAUAGGCCUCUCUUUCUAUAUCUUUCAGUGACAGACAAUUCAUUUGGGUGCGUUCUCGGUCAACACGACUCCACAGGCAGGAAGGAGCAAGCUAUCAACUACUUAAGCAAGAAAUUCACUAGUUACGAGGUCAAGUACACCCUCUUGGAAAGGACAUGUUGCGCCCUAACUUGGGUAGCUCAAAAGUUAAGGCAUUACCUUUUGUCCUACACAACUUACCUCAUAUCUAGGAUGGAUCCUUUGAAGUACAUCUUUCAGAAGCCAAUGCCAACUGGCAGACUCGCGAAAUGGCAAAUCUUGCUCACUGAAUUUGACAUUAUAUAUGUCACUCGAACUGCAAUGAAAGCUCAAGCUCUGGCAGACCACUUGGCAGAGAAUCCAGUCAAUGGCGACUACGAACCACUGGAUACAUAUUUUCCAGAUGAAGAGAUUAACUCAGUUGAAGAAGUAGAUCCAGAUGAAAAUCAGGCCAGGCAAUUAUACUUUGAUGGAGCAAUCAACAAAAAAGGCACAGGGAUUGGGGCAAUUCUCAUAUCGCCCACAGGACAACAUUACCCUGCAACAGCUCGACUUCGUUUCUGCUGUACAAAUAACACAACAGAGUAUGAAGCUUGCAUCAUGGGUCUAAAUAUGGAAAUAGAUUUGGGUGUGCAAGAAUUGAUUGUGCUGGGAGAUUCUGAUUUGCUUAUUAGGCAAGCUCAAGGUGAAUGGAAAACUCGAGACCUCAAGCUUCUUCCUCCUGGAAACACUUGUAUUACUCCCUUGGAGAUUCAACUUCGGAACCAGCAUGGCUAUUGUAACACUGUGGAAGCAGAAUCAGAUGGUGAGCCGUGGUACCUAGACAUCAGGAAUUUCUUGCAAACAGGGAAAUGUCCCGAACAUGCCAAUAAAAGCCAAAAAGAACUAUUAGACGUCUGGCUAGUGGUUCUUUUUAGCGGGGAAAUUUUAUAUAAACGCACCCCAGAUCUGAACUUAUUGAGAUGUGUGGAUGUUGAAGAAGCCGAGAAGAUCAUGAAUGAAGUACAUGCUGGGGUAUGUGGACCACACAUGAAUGGAUAUGUCCUUGCGAAAAAGAUACUCCGAGCAGGAUAUUACUGGCUUACCAUGGAACGGGAUUGCUUUCGCUUUGUGAAAAAAUGUCAUCAAUGUCAAAUUCAAGGUGAUCUCAUUCAAUCACCUCCUUCAGAGUUGCACCCCAUGGCCACUCCUUGGUCCUUUGUUGCAUGGGGAAUGGAUGCAAUCACUUUCAAGGCAGUCACUAAGAAGGCGGUCGUGGAUUUUGUCCAUUCAAACAUCAUUUGUCGUUUUGGUAUCCCAAGAACUAUCAUCACAGAUAAUGCUGCAAACCUUAAUAGCAAUUUGAUGAAGGAGGUAUGUGAGCAGUUCAAAAUUGUGCAUCACAAUUCUACUCCAUACCGACCAAAGGCCAACGGAGCUGUGGAGGCAGCCAACAAGAAUAUCAAAAAGAUUCUCAGGAAAAUGGUUCAGGGCACUAGACAAUGGCAUGAGAAGCUGCCUUUUGCACUUUUAGGAUAUCGCACAACAGUGCGCACCUCGAUUGGUGCAACUCCUUAUAUGCUGGUGUAUGGGACUGAGGUUGUGAUACCAGCAGAAGUUGAAAUUCCAUCUCUUCGAAUUAUUGUCGAGGCUGAAAUUGAAGAUACUGAAUGGGUCAAAACCCGACUAGAGCAGCUCACAUUAAUAGAUGAGAAGCGAUUGACGGCCGUCUGUUUUGGCCAGCUUUAUCAGCAAAGGAUGGCUCGUGCAUACAACAAAAAGGUGCACCCAAGACACUUUGAAGUAAGUCAACUGGUCUUAAAAUGCAUUCUCCCACACCAAGAAGAAGCCAAGGGAAAGUUUGCCUCAAAUUGGCAAGGUCCAUAUCUUAUCAAGGAAGUGUUGUCCAAAGGAACCUUACACCUUACUGAUGUGGAGGGAAAAAUCACAAGCAUAAUUGUUAAUACGGACACAGUCAAAAGAUACUACAUCUAA